AUGAGAGACACGUUCUAUACAGCAAUAGACAUAGGCACGUCGAAAGUUACCGUUCUGAUUUCGCGGGUCGGGUCCGAGGGCGAUCUUAAGGUCUUCGGCACAGGCGUGGUCCCUUCCGAGGGCAUACAGAAGGGUCGUGUUGAGCAUAUCGAGGACGCCAGGGCCUCUGUCCGGGCAGCCAUGAGCGAGGCUCAGCGCUACAUCGGCGAAACAGGCCUGAGCGGUGUUUACGUAAGCGUUAGCGGUUCGCAUAUCCGCAGCACCAACAGGCGUGAAGUCCUGGACAAUGAGGCAGCGGCCGAGGACAUCUCGCCGAGGAUGCUGGAUGACAUGCUCAGAGGGUCCUUCCCCAAGGUGGACGAAGGCCAGCAGAUACUCCACGUCAUUCCAAUGGGAUACACGGUUGACGGGCUGUCGGGGGUGCGCAAUCCGCUUGGUCUCGCCGGGAAGAAGAUCGAGGUCGAUUCGCACGUGGUGAUGGGCGACUCCGUUGUCCUGCAGAACAGCAUCAAGGCGGUGGAGACCAAGGAUGUCUUCGUAAAGAGCCUGGUGCUCCAGGGAAUUGCCUCUGCGGAGGCCACCCUGACUGGCGACGAGCGUGAAAUGGGCGUCGUGAUGCUGGACAUUGGUGCAGGAACGACCGAUCUGGUGGUCUACCGCCAGGGUUCUCCGUGGUUCUCCGACGUCUUGCCGGUAGGAGCACAGUCUUUGACCCGGGAUUUGGCAGCGGCCCUGGGUUCGUCCAUGCACGUGGCCGAAGAUCUCAAGAUCAACCAGGGGAGCGUCUAUCCGGAUCACGUUCCGGACAACGAUACGGUCGAAAUCCCUGAUAUGAAGGACCACUGGCAGCGGCCGAUUCCGCGGAGAGCACUUGCCGAGCCCCUGAACGCCCGCAUGACCGAGAUUCUGAAAAUGGCGCUGACCAGGAUGAGGCAGGCCGGAAUGCAGGACUGGCCAAUUGGCGGGAUGGUCCUGACUGGUGGCGGGGCACAGAUGCUGGGCCUUCCCGAAUUGGUGGAAGAGAUUGUGGGUGGGCCUGUCCGCGUCGGUUACCCGUACGGCAUCUCGGGUUUGCCGGCGGAGCUGCGCAAGCCCACCUUCUCAGCCGCGGUAGGACUGCUGGUCUGGGGAAUCAAGCACCAGGACAGCGUUCACGAAAUGAAUCACAGUGUUCCCAAGGAGACCAAGACCAGGCGGUGGCGGUUCCGGGCUCCCAUGCGGCGCAGAGCCGGAACGCAGGCGUAG